GUUCAUCGGAAAUUUUAAAGUUUGCACGGUACUGUGAAAUCACCAGAAGUGAGUUUGUGGCUGAUCCGAAUGUCUGUGGUCCUCCACGCACCCCAGAGACGUAUGACGCAGCUGUUGCUGAUCUCCAGGCAGAAAACAUCCAAGACGUCAGAGGGAUAAAGGUGCCAUUUUUUCUUCAGUGCAAUAUGACUGACUCAGAGCGAACCUUCCUAGAUGUUGCCAUCAUGGACGCCCUACCACAACUUCAAGCAGUAAACAAAAACAUCCUGGAAGAGCACUUGCAGUCCAUUGGAGUUGAGACGUAUGAUGAUUUACGCUUCAUAACGGAGGCAGAUUUAAUGACAGCGUUAAGACCUGUAGAAGCCAGGAAGCUGCUUGCUGUUUGGAAACGGAAAUACCACACUCCUGAGAACAGCUCUCUGUCAUCUGUGGAAGCCUCGCCUACCCAAUCGCUGCCAUCGCUCUCUGUUUCACCCCAAAGUUCAUCGUCAAGCACCUCCAGCAGCCCAGGACUUGACACACAGUGGGAUGAAAACUUUGAAAUUCCAUGGAGUAAAUUUCCUGAGGAAGUGAUGCAGGCUUUAGAGAGGGGGAAAAGGCCAGGCCCAAAACUAAGAAGGCAAAUGGUCCGAAUUGUUGUGACUGAGAUGAUGGAAAAAUGCCCUCAUGUAGGUAAAAAACAUUCAACUGACGUUGCAACAAAAAUGGUUGCAAAAUAUCCCAGUUCUCUCCAAGAUGUAAUAGAGGGCGAUAUUGUUGGAAAAGGCUACCAUUCCCUUGUCAAACAGUUGCAAAACAGAAUUGAAAAUGUCAGGCGCACUUCAACACCCAAAAUAAGAAAAAGAAAACAUCAGACUGAUGACUCGGACCACACAGACGAAAUCCCAAUAGAAGAGAGAGCAGCGAUGCAGGACACGUAUGGAUGCAUUAAAUGGAAUGUCAAAUUUCUGCCCCUUGAAGAAACUCAAGAGACUCAGCGGCAAAAGAUGGAAAAACUCAAGGUGAUGUUCCAACACAUCGAUGUCAAUCCAGAGGAGGUAAAAUGUCUAAUGAAGUCCACAUUUUACACACAGCGUCAACAUGUCAACCAGGGAAAAAGUAUCAAAUGCCUUUGAGAGGAGUGGCCGUUUUGGUUUGAUGAACUUGGCAUGUCAGUUCACUUUAUGGAACUCACUGGGAUUGACCUCAAAGAGACAUUUACACGAAAUUUGGAUUUGAAGGGAAAAAGACUUCUCGACUACAUGACCACAGUUUUUGUCAACAAGAGCAAGACUUUCCUUCAGAAUUAUGCAAGGCUUCAGAGGAUGCGGGGACUGCAGAGUGGCUGUUCAGAUGAUGUGAUAGAGAUGACCCUGCUUCUACUCAGUUACUUUGAUGAGAAGGAGGAGUCCAUGUUCUUCCAUGUAGAAGAUACAUGUCUUGCAGAAGAGGUCCAACUGGAGCAAGUGCCUCUGACACCCACUGUUAUUGUCUGUGGACAAUCCUGCUAUUCCUCCACAAGGUACAUGCUGAGUCUGGAUCGGAACCUUAUCAACACAAACAUCUCCUCCUUCAUUUCUGCAUUGUGCCUCAUGUUUGGGAGCUACUACUGUUUUAAUAUUCAUUAUCCAUCUGAGCUGGCUUCAACUCUAGAGUUUCUUCAAAGGUGUUUCUUCUCGAUAAACCCAGAAAAAGGAACCAAGGUAGAGAAUAAAAACUCCAAGCGUCGUCUCACCGUGAACCCUCGAGUCCUCACCCUGAUACAGGAACUCUCCGAUCACGAGUGGCGUUAAGCCUAAAUAUGGCCUCUUUCUGUGGACUCUUGACUGUUGUUUGAGCAGAGGUACUGUUAUUUUUCUUUGUUAAAUACACAAUGUGUAUUCUGUUUAUUAAGGUACUAUAUCCUUUUUUUUUGUUUUAAAGUCUAAAAGGUGCACUAACUUCUCUGUUUGAAAAGAGGUACUGUUAUUUUUCUUUAAUUACACAAUGUGUAUUAUGUUUAUUAAGGUACUAUAUCAUUUUUGUUUUGAAGUCUUAAAGGUGCACUAACUUCUCUGUUUGUUUGAGAAGAGGUAUUGUUAUUUUUCUCUUUGUUAAAUACACAAUGUGUAUUAUGCUUAAGGCACUAUAUAAUUUUUUGUUUUAAAGUCUUGAAGGUGCACUAGCUGCUUCUGGUUGAGAGUCCGCCACCUGCUUUUUUUCGUGAAAAUGUUCUUGCUUUGCGGGAAUGUUCCACAGUAUAAUAUGAUACUUAUCUUGCAUGUAUUCAAUUAGAACAGUUUUUAUUGCAAAAUAAUACCUUAACAAAUGUGCAUUCUUACUGUGAGGGGGCUCGCCUCUCCACAGAUAUGACCUGUAACUUGGCCUUUUGGCAUCACAAAUUUGUCUCCAUGGAGAUAGAUAAGUUUUAUGCCAUACUGUGGAACAUUCCAGACAAGGUUGUUGUGAAUUGGGUUGUUGUUGUGCGCCAGGCACUUAAACUUUGUGACCGGUAAAUGUAUACAUUUAAAGAGGGUAAUCUACUUGAAUAUUUCAACUUUUAUUCGGUCAAAGUUUAAAUAACUAUUACAUGUAGCUUCUUUGCAUGUUGUAUACAGGUAGGUUAAAGAAAAAAUGUGUUCAAUUGUUUUAUGCUACACUGUGGAACAUUCCAGACAAGGUUGUUGUGAGUUGGGUGGUUGUUGUGCGCCUGACACUUUAACUUUGUGACAGAUAAUGUCUAGAUUUAAAGAGGCUAAUGCACUUGAAUAUUUCAACUUUGAUUUGGUCAAAGUUUAAAUAACUAUUACAUGUAGCUUCUUUGCAUGUUGUAUACAGGUACAUUGAAAAGAAAUGUGUUCAAUUGUUUUAAGCUGUACUGUGGAACAUUCCAGACGGGGAGCGUGUGGGUUGUUAUGUGCCUGGCACAUAAACUUGUUCCAAACUUUGAAUAAAAAUUCAUCCAAUUGUUUACAACUCUUGA